UCUCACACCAUCAUCAAGUCGACUCACUCGCUGAUGAACUGACCUCGUUCUGUAAAUUCUUAUCACGCUAUUUGUUCUCCAUAAUAAGCAAUGGCUGGGAGUGAAGAAAACGUGAGAAAGAUAGUUUUGGGUGUAGACGGAAGUGAACACUGCGAGCGAGCUCUUGAAUGGUAUGUCAAAAAUCUCUCUAACAAAAAAACUGACAAGUUAUUUAUAAUCCACGCACAGGAGCCUCCAACAAUUCCAGCUGCUCCCUACCCCUAUGGUUAUGCAUACUAUGAGGAAUGGCAGCAUUUACUUCAGAAAAGUGAUAAACAUGCCAAAGAACUGUUGGAGAGCUUUGGAGCAAAGUGUAACCACCACGAGCUGAAGUUCAAGUUGUACAAAGAAGAAAGUAACAGACCUGGGGAAGUGAUUUGUAAGCUGGCAAAAGAUGAGGGUGCAGAUAUCAUUCUUAUUGGUUCACGUGGUGUUGGAACUCUGCGCCGCACAUUUCUUGGUAGUGUUAGUGACUACUGUGUGCACCAUACCCAUAUUCCUGUGGUGGUUAUUCCACCUCAAGAUUCACAUGGUGACCAUGCCCAUGCACAUUAAUUAUAUAUUUUACCUUUGAAGAGUCCAACUCUCAUGUGAAGUGUGUAACACUGAUUGUAGAGAGGGGUAAUCAUUCAUGAUCUCCAAGUGCAAAAGGGGCACAAAACAGAUAAUGAUUGAAAAUUUCACAGGAACCUGAAGGCAUUUGAAAUAGAAAACUACAAUUGUUUUUUUCUUUUUCAACAAUAAGUCUUCUUAGGGUUAUAAAUAUCAUCAAAUUGAUUAUUUUCUUGAAUUUUAACUUUUGAUUCACUGUUAGUAACUUAAAUAUACUCAAGUUUCUGCAAUCUAACUGUUUUCAAUAUCUUCUGUGGAGAUUAAAAGGAUAGAAAGGUA